UUCAGUCGAUCCUGCGUUUCAUUUCCCAUAUAAGACUCAUAACCGUUCGUUCGUUCGUUCGUUCCCCACUUGCUUUUCAUUUUUUUUCUCCCUUUUCGCUAACCUCAAAGAGAGUUCAGUAUUUAUACAAAUAAAAGUUUUUUCUUUUUUUAUUUCUGGUUUUCGUUUUGGAAUGGCUGGGAUUUGCUGUGGAGUUGUUGGAGAAGCCGCCGAGACUUCUUCUCCCAUCGAACCCACCUCACGCCCUUCCGCACGCCGGAGUUUGGACCUUUUGCCCUUGAAAUACAUAGCUGCUGACGUGUCAGUCCCGCCGCUGGAGAACAGCCGGAAGCGCCAGAGGCUGGAUAGGCGCGCUUCUCCGGCAAGGGAGUGCGAUAACGCGGUUCAUAGUUCCAAAUCGAAGGUAGUUGAGGUUGUUCCGAAUUAUUCUUCGAAGAGUCCAACGUUGGACUCCACAAGUCCAACAGUUGUCGAGGAGUAUCCGAGGUAUGGGGUAACGUCCGUUUGUGGAAGGAGGAGGGACAUGGAAGACGCCGUUUCGGUCCAUCCAUCGUUUUGCCAAGAAACUUUAUCUCAUGAUAAAAAAUUAGGGUUUCAUUUCUUCGCUGUUUUCGACGGCCACGGUUGCUCACAUGUUGCGACGAUGUGCAAGGAGAGGUUACACGAGAUAGUGAAGGAAGAGGUUCACCAAGCGAAGGAGAAUUUGGAAUGGGAAUCAACGAUGAAAAAGUGUUUCGCGCGCAUGGACGAAGAGGUUUUAAGGUGGAGUCAGAACAACGAGACUCCAAGUUGCAGGUGCGAGCUUCAGACCCCGCACUGCGACGCUGUGGGCUCCACCGCAGUUGUGGCCGUCGUCACGCCGGAGAAAAUCAUCGUGGCAAACUGCGGAGACUCACGCGCCGUGCUUUGCCGCAACAACGUAGCCGUCCCACUCUCCGACGAUCACAAGCCGGACCGACCCGACGAGUUGCUUCGGAUCCAAGUAGCGGGAGGGCGCGUGAUAUAUUGGGACGGACCUAGAGUGCUUGGGGUGUUGGCUAUGUCCAGAGCCAUAGGGGACAAUUAUCUGAAGCCGUAUGUAAUUUCGGAACCGGAGGUAACGGUAACUGAGCGUAGUGAGGAGGAUGAGUGUUUGAUAUUAGGGAGUGAUGGGCUAUGGGACACAGUGCAAAACGACAUCGCAUGCAAAGUGGUGCGGAUGUGUCUGAACGCGCAGAAGCCGCCAUCGCCGCCCUCGUCUCCGAGGAGGGAGAUGGCGGUGGACUGCUCCGACAAGGCUUGCUCCAACGCCUCCAUUCUGCUGACCAAAUUGGCGUUGGUUAGGCAGAGUUCCGACAAUGUGAGCGUGGUGGUGGUUGAUUUGAGGAGAACCUAAAAUGGGAACUGUGCGUGGACACCCGAUGUUGUGGAAUUUUGUUUUUGACAAAAGAAAGGGGAAGAAAAUGCAGGGUGUUGCGUGGUGCUUUACUGAUUUCUUGUGAUUGUAAUUAAAAUAGUACUUGUAGAUAGGUAUUUUAAUCAACGGGGGUGUGUGAAAUUUGUAAUUGUCAGAAAAAUUAUCAACAAAUUAUGGGAAAUUUUAAGAGUAGUGAAAACAAUUAGUGUGUCAACCAAGAGGUAAAUCAGCCUCCUGAAACACCGUUGUUUUUGUUGUAAUUAGAUAUAUAAUUGUAAUUGAAACCCAGCUUGGAUCUAUAAACGCGCCAAUUUUGUUGUUUGGUUUGCAUUAA